AAAGAAUUUCCAAAUACUUUUAAUGUUCUUAAUAAUACGUUGGUGUGUACUUACUGUGAACAUUCGGUUAGUUGGAAGCAAAAAGUUAGUAUUACCACCCAUGUUAAUUCUAAAACCCAUAUAAAAAACAAAAAAAAUUAUGAAAUAGCAGCUCAACAUAGACAGUCUCAAACUUUGGAGGAUUCUAUAUCCGUGGCAGAGUCUAAAAAAAUAGUAGUGAAAGAUCUUGUAGAAGCCUUUGUUAAGGCGAAUAUACCUUUAGAAAAAGUGAAUGUACUGCAACCAUUUUUUAGAAAACAUUGUAAAGAAUAG